AUGCUCUGGAAAAAAGUCAUAUCGCUCAUUGCUUUCGACAAGGUAGCUUCGACACGAGCGACUCAGCCAGUCAGCCGCGAUUUAUUUCAGCUGAAUACGACGGAGGAGAUUUUUUUCCAGCUCGAAAACGUCUCCUACCUUAGCAAUGCUCGCCAUCCGAAAGCGGUUUAUCCAAGCAGCUGGCCUCCAUCAGACCAGCCGCUGUGGACUCCUUUAACCGCCAUUAGUGUCAAUGUGACACAGGUGACAGAGGCAGAUAUUAAGAAGACCAUCCAGGACUACUUGGACCAGGACGAUGUCUUCAAUCCCGCGUUUUUGGAGACCGUUUUCAUCCAAUCCGUCGCUGGAGGGACAAUUGAAGAAGAAGCGAUUGGCUACCUGCAGCGCCUGAAUGUGUCAACCAUCAUUGUCCCCCCAAACGUUACCACUUCACCCAAAUCCUCCAUCCGUAUGGUGCGUAUUGAUUCGGUGCCGUAUAGCCAACCGGUUGAAGGGCCUUUUGUAGCCGUUGUCAAGGACAACGCUAUCCAUCUGUGUCCCGUCUGGAGGCUGUACUUGGAUCAUUACAGUGUGUUUCUGCAGGGUUCGUAUGAAUCCGGAGAUGGUAAAGGCACGCAUCGUGCAGUUGGAGCUGAGAAUACCAGGAUCUUCGAACAGCCUCUGAUUCCAGUACCCUCGCGUAUCUACAGCUGGAGGGACCCUCGUCCACUAGCUGGGGCGCGAGUGGGAGUCAAAGAUCUGUUUGAUGUCAAAGGCCUCCAAACCACGGGAGGAAGUAAGGCAUGGACGCAUAUCACUCCUGUUGCGAAUGCCACCGCACCAGCAAUCCAAAGAAUAAUUGAUCUCGGCGGCCACAUUGUCGGCAAGCAGAAGCUGGCGCAGUUCGCGUCGGCAGCCAACCCAUGGCUCUGGCAAGAUGAACACUACCCAUUCAACCCUCGUGGAGACGGGUGGCUUACAUGCAGCGCAUCGUCUUCUGGCGGCGGUUGCUCCAUCGCAGCAUAUGAAUGGCUGGACUUCGCGAUUGGCACAGACACCGGUUCCUCUAUAAGGCUACCCGCUGCAGUAGCUGGUGUAUACGGACAACGCCCCAGCCAGGGUAUGAUGUCUCUGGAUUUCGCUCUCCCUGUCAGCCAUCCCAGCGACACAGCCGGGGUGUUCAGUCGGGAUCCAAAGAAAUGGGCCCAGUUCGCCAAAGCCUGGUACACCACCACCAUGCAGCAACCGUCGAAUAUGACCGGAUUGCCUCCCUACGAUGUGCCCGAUACCGACCAAUUCCCCACCCGACUAGUAUAUCUAAGCGACUUCCUACCACUAAACCAAGCCGCCACAGCGCCUAUCUGGCAAUCUUUCAUAUCAAACCUUACACACAUGUUCAACAUGACCGUCGAAACAAUCAACUUCACCGCAGUCGCACAAUCCACAUCCGAGCCCGCCAUAUCCACCAUACUCGAGGCCAAGACCAUGGACACCAUCUGGACGUGGGACCAGUGGCGGCUAAUCGGGGAGCCCCUCCUCAGCACCUGGGGGAAUAUGUUCGAGGGCCGGUUCCCUCCUCUAGACCCGACCCACCGCGACCAGUGGCAGGGGUUCCUGGCCAACCCGGUCCGGGAAGAAGACUUCCAGCGGGCUCUUGAGGCCCGAGCAAAGGCAGUUGCGUGGUUUGAGAAAUCCAUUCUGUUCUCCACUACUGACUCGUGCUCGGAGUCCCUCCUGGUCUAUGAUAUUGGGCCCGGCGGGUUUCCCUCCUACCGGGAGGAUGCGCUGAACAAGUUACCGAAUACAACGUAUGUUUACGAGAAGUCGGCUGGUGCGGCCAUUCUUGGGGCGUCCAUUUGCCCGAUCUUUGGGUGUGCGGAUUAUACGGUUCCGAUUGGAGAGGUGGCGUAUAAGUCGGCUGUUACGUUGAAGACGGAGAUGAUGCCCGUGACAAUCAACUUGGUCGUCAAACGGGGGUGUGACUUUGUGCUCUUUAAUAUGAUUGAGAGGCUAGCUGAUGCGGGCUUGCUGCAGAGUGUUAAGACUGGGAAAACACUGUUUUGA